CCCCCAGUACUGAAAUUAAGCAGCAUCCAACACAGGCCUACUCUUACGACAUGUGACUUUACUGUUUUCCGUUUUUGUUGAAAGAGUCAUUAACAGUUAGUAGUGGAUGGCAGUUUCAAUAACAAGUCAUCGCCGAGAAAAGGUAACACUGUAAUAUGCAGAAAUCUACAAAUUCUGAUACCUCUGUGGAAACAGUGACUUCCACCCGCCAAGCCACAGGAGCUGUGCAAAUGAGAAUCAAAAAUGCCAACAGCAACCAUGACAGGCUCAGCCAAAGUAAAUCCAUGAUCCUCACUGAUGUUGGGAAGGUCACUGAACCUAUAUCCCGACACAGAAGGAAUCAUUCACAGCAUGUCCUAAAAGAUGUCAUUCCUCCACUGGAACAAUUGAUGGUUGAAAAAGAAGGUUAUCUUCAAAAAGCUAAAAUUGCAGAUGGAGGAAAGAAACUAAGGAAAAACUGGUCUACUUCCUGGAUUGUUCUUUCUAGUCGAAAAAUUGAAUUUUACAAAGAAUCCAAACAACAAGCUCUGUCCAAUGUGAAAACUGGUCACAAGCCAGAAAGUGUGGAUUUAUAUGGAGCACAUAUUGAAUGGACCACAGAAAAAUCAAGCAGAAAGAAUGUCUUUCAGAUCACAACAGUGUCAGGAAAUGAGUUCCUUCUCCAGUCAGAUAUUGACUUCAUCAUAUUGGAUUGGUUCCACGCUAUCAAAAAUGCAAUUGACAGAUUGCCAAAGGAUUCAUAUUGUUCAUCAAGAAACCUGGAAUUAUUUAAAAUCCAAAGAUCCUCCAGUACUGAAUUGCUAAGUCACUAUGAUAGUGAUAUAAAAGAACAGAAACCAGAGCACAGAAAAUCUUUAAUGUUCAGACUACAUCAUAGUGCUUCCGAUACAAGCGACAAAAACCGAGUUAAAAGCAGAUUAAAGAAGUUCAUUACCCGAAGACCUUCCCUGAAAACUCUGCAAGAGAAAGGACUUAUUAAAGAUCAAAUUUUUGGCUCUCAUCUGCACACAGUGUGUGAACGUGAAAAUUCCACAGUUCCGAGGUUUGUAAAGCAAUGCAUUGAAGCUGUCGAAAAAAGAGGUCUAGAUGUUGAUGGAAUAUAUCGAGUUAGUGGCAAUCUUGCAACAAUACAGAAGUUAAGAUUUAUUGUCAACCAAGAAGAGAAGCUGAAUUUGGACGACAGCCAGUGGGAGGACAUCCACGUUGUCACCGGAGCACUGAAGAUGUUUUUCCGGGAGCUGCCUGAGCCGCUCUUCCCUUACAGUUUCUUUGAGCGGUUUGUGGAGGCGAUCAAAAAGCAAGACAACAACACAAGAAUUGAAACUAUAAAGUCUCUUGUACAAAAACUCCCUCCACCCAAUCGUGACACCAUGAAAGUUCUCUUUAAACAUCUAACAAAGAUAGUGGCCAGGGCCUCCAAGAACCUCAUGUCCACCCAGAGCUUAGGGAUUGUAUUUGGACCCACCCUUCUGCGAGCUGAAAAUGAAACAGGGAACAUGGCGAUCCACAUGGUCUACCAAAAUCAGAUAGCUGAGCUCAUGCUGAGCGAGUACAGUAAGAUCUUCGGCUCGGAGGAAGACUGACAGACAAGACAAGUUAUUGAAUAUGUUCACAUCUGUCUUGAUGCCUAAUAUUUUUACAUUUCUGUAAACAUAUUUCUGAAAUAUUUUUUUCUUUUCAAGCGACAGAUGCCUCAUUUUGUGAAAACUUAAUGAUGAUUUUGUGUUUAAGUUCCAAACAUUUGAAUAAAAUAAUUGACAAUA